GUGUUUCUCGGGCGGCGCCUUUCACAUCUCUGAGGAGUGACGUUCACGACCGUCUGCAACCAUGGAGUGGAAACCGAUGGAAAUAAACCCAGAGAUGCUGAAUAAGGUGUUGAGCAAGCUGGGUGUGGGCUCGAAAUGGCGUUUUGUCGAUGUUUUGGGUCUAGAAGAUGAAUCUUUGUCAGGAGUGCCCUCACCCUGCUGUGCCAUGAUGCUGCUCUUCCCUUUAACGCAACAGCAUGAGGAUUUCCGUUCUAAACAAUCUGUUGGUGACUGUAAAGAUGUGUAUUUUCUGAAACAAACUGUGGUCAACUCCUGUGGAACUGUGGGCUUGGUUCAUGCUGUGGCCAACAACCAGGACAGUAUUGAUUUUGAUAAUAAUUCUGCACUAAAGAAGUUUCUAGAAGCCACCUCAGGGAUGUCUCCUGCAGAACGAGCCAAAGAACUUGAACAAAAUAAGGCUAUCCAAGAAACUCAUGAUGCUGUUGCUGAUGAGGGUCAGUGUCGGCCAGAGGCAGACAAAGUCAAUUUCCAUUUUAUUACAUUUGUCAAUGUAAACGGUCGCCUUUAUGAGCUGGAUGGUAGAAUUGAUGGACCUGUGAGUCAUGGGCCUACAAAACCAGACAGCUUUGUCAUGGAUGCGGCAAGGGUGUGCCGUGAGUUUAUGGAGCGAGAGAAAGGGGAGGUGCGUUUCUCUGCUGUUGCUCUCUGCAAAGCCUGAGAGGAGCCAGACAUCCGAGCUCAAACUACUGUACGAACAAUUCCACAAAACCCUUCAACCACUUCUAUACAGAGCACACAAACAAUCCUUAACCAUGCCUUGAAACAUGCUACACAAACUGCCUGCCUGCCUGUCUUUCAGACUGUGAAUCGCUGUCAUUUUCUAAUUUAUUAUUUAUUUAAUUUAAAAGUUUGUAUAAAUUCACCACUAUUCUAAUGUCUAAACUUUAUUUUAGAUUGAUGUACCACUUCUAGUUCUAAUUUCUUUGGGCACUUAUUUUUUUGGAGGGGCUAAUGUUUAGCAGAAAUGUAAUGUAAAAUUUAAGCUUGAAGGUGCAAGUAUGUGCAAAAUAAAGACAGAAGGGUGAUCUCA